CCGCUUGGUGUUUCACCUUCAUUUCAGUACUGAUAUCACUGGUAAUAUACUGUGCAUUCAGACCCCUUGACUUUUUCAACAUUUUGUUUUUUCCCCCUCAUCAAUCUACACACACUACCCCAUAAUGACAAAGCAAAAACUGUUUUUUAGAAACGUUUGCAAAUAUAUUAAAAAUAAAUAACUGAAUAUCGGACCCUUUAGUCAGUACUCUCUCCCUCCCUCUCUCUCUCUCUCUCUCUCACGCUGUCUCUCGGUCUCUCUCUCUCUCCCUCUCUCUCUCUCUCACUCUGUCUCUCGGUCUCUCUAUCCAUCCCUCCCUCUCUCUCUGUCUCUCUCUCUCUGUAUUUCUCUGUCUCACUCUCUCUCUCUAUCUGUCUCUCUAUCUCUCUCUCUCACCUUUGGCAGCGAUUACAGCCUCGAGUCUUCUUGGGUAUGACACUACAAGCUUGGCACACCUGUAUUUGGAGAGUUUCUCCCAUUCUUCUCUGAAGAUCCUCUCAAGAUCUGUCAGGUUGGAUGGGGAGCGUCGCCGCAAAGCUAUUUUCAGGUCUCUCCAGAGAUGUUAAAUCGGGUUCAAGUCCGGGCUCUGGCUGGGCCACUCAAGGACAUUCAGAGACUUGUCCCAAAGCCACUCCUGCGUUGUCUCAGCUUUGUGCUUAGAGUCAUUGUCCUGUUGGAAGGUGAACCUUCGCUCCAGGCUGAGGUCCUGAGCGCUCGGGAGCAGGUUUUCAUCAAGGAUCUCUCUGUACUUUACUCUGUUAAUCUUUUCCUCAAUCCUGAUUAAUCUCCCAGUCACUGCCGCUGAAAAUCAUCCCCACAGCAUGGUGUUGCCACCACCAUGCUUCACUGUAGGGAUGGUGCCAGGUUUCCUCCAGACGUGACGCUUGGCAUUCAGGCCAAAGAGUUCAAUCUUGGUUUCAUCAGACCAGAGAAUCUUGUUUAUCAUGGUCUGAGAGUCUUUAGAUGCCUUUUGGCAAACUCCAAGCGGGCUGUCAUGUGCCUUUUACUGAGGAGUGGCUUCCGUCUGGCCACUCUACCAUAAAGGCCUGAUUGGUGGAGUGCUGCAGAGAUGGUUGUCCUUCUGGAAGGUUCUCCAAUCUCCACAGAGGAACUCUGGAGCUCUGUCAGAGAGACCAUUGGGUUCUUGGUCACCUCCCUGAUUAAGGUACCUUCUCUCCCUGAUUGCUCAGUUUGGCUGGGCGGCAAGCUCUAGGAAGAGUCUUGGUGGUUCCAAACUUCUUCCAUUUAAGAAUGAUGGAGACCACUGUCUUCUUGGGGACCUUCAAUGCUGCAUAAUUUUUGGGGGGUUUUGUGUAGAUUGAUGAGGGGAAAAGUACAUUUGAUCCAUUUUAGAAUAAGGCUGUAACGUAACAAAAUGUGAAAAAAGUCAAGGGGUCUGAAUACUUUCCGAAUGCGCUGUACCUCUAGGAAACAUAAUAAUUAGUGAGUCAUUUUCAAUGGUGACAAUCAUGAUCUGAGUAACACACAGAGUAGGUCUGACAAGUAAAGAUAACAAGUAGCCUAAUACCAAGCCACAAGCUUCAAUACAGCAGUGUGUUUCCCACAUCUGGUCCUGGAGACACCAAGGGAUGCACAUUUCUGUGUUACAAAAUACACUUGAUUCCACUUAUCAAAGGCUGGAUGAUGAGUUACUGAGUGGAAUGUUGUGUGUUGGGGUCCCCAGGACAGGAUUGGGAAACACUGCAGUCGUGUAUUCUUUUUUUAUGAUCAUUUAUGUUCAUCUGUACUGAUGGUUUUUGUCAUUUUAACAGCUUCAGCAGAUGAAAAUCAGUCCCUUUCACCUUUCUCCAACCCUCAGCAGCAACAAGAAUAAGAUGGAAGAGUGUGGUGAGAUGUCCCCGGGCCCUCCUCCCCACCACAGCCACGCCCCGUCACAGACGCCCCUCCCACACACACAGCUCAUGCUGACCGGCUCCCAACUGGCAGGGUUGACAGCUCUCUUGCCAGCGCAGCAGCAGUUGUUACUGCAGCAGGCUCAGGCUCAGCUUCUAGCUGCAGCUGUGCAGCAGUCUGUUCAGCAGUCCAAUGCAGCUCACGCAGCUCACGCAGCCCACGCAGCCCACGCAGCCGCCCAAGCCAAUCAGCAAGCUCAGGCAGCCGCAGCAGCCAAUCAACAUGCCCAGCAGCAGCAGGCGGGACAGACAGGGCAGCAGGGCCAAUCACAGCCCCAGGGACAGAGCACACAGGAACAGACAGGUCAACCUGUCCCUGUCCCGCCCACUCAUCCCCAGCUCACUCUCUCUCAGCCAAUUCAGCUCACCGCCCAGGACAUCCAGCAGUUGUUGCAGCUGCAGCAGUUGGUUCUGGUGCCAGGACACCACCUGCAGUCUCCUCAGUUCCUCCUCCAACAGCACCAAGGGCAGCAAGGACUGCUAUCAACACCAAAUCUGAUUCAGCUACCUCAGCAAAACCAAGGGAGCCUCCUGUCCGCUCCCACCAGGCUGGGGCUCCAAGCACAGAGAGAUAAGGCUAUGGAGGGCAGUGGGGUCAUGACCUCUGUGUCCUCUGUGACCUCUCACCCUGAGGAGCCCAGUGACCUGGAGGAACUGGAGGUGUUCGCCCGCACCUUCAAACAGAGACGCAUCAAACUGGGCUUUACACAGGGUGACGUGGGAAUGGCCAUGGGGAAGCUAUAUGGGAAUGAUUUCAGCCAGACCACCAUCUCUCGCUUCGAGGCCCUCAACCUGAGCUUUAAGAACAUGUGCAAACUCAAACCACUACUGGAGAAGUGGCUCAAUGAUGCAGAGACCAUGUCCACAGACAGUACUAUGCCCAGCCCCAGCUCUCUGUCCUCUUCCUCGAUGGGCUUCGAGGGCCUGCCGGGCCGACGCAGGAAGAAGAGAACCAGCAUCGAGACUAACGUCCGCGUGGCCCUGGAGAGAGCCUUCAUUACGCAGAACCAGAAGCCUACCUCAGAGGAGAUCCUGUGUAUCGCGGACCAGCUCAGCAUGGAGAAGGAGGUGAUCCGCGUGUGGUUCUGCAACCGCCGCCAGAAAGAGAAGCGUAUCAACCCCAACAGUGCCACCCCUCCCUUGCCCAGCCAGCUCCCCCAAGCCCCACCGACACACAAACCCCCCUGCUACAGCCCACACAUGAUGUCCAGUCAGCUGUCCAGUCAGCUGUCCAGUCAGCUGUCCCAGGCAGUGACCAGCCUCAGUACCACAUUGACCACAAUGUCAUCGUUCUCCCCACUGAUCCCCAGUGGUCCCACCCACUCAUCUCUCAGCUCCGCCUCCUCUCCAGUGACUCCUCCUCCACCUUGCAGUACAGCCAGCCCAGCCCCUCCCAGCCACAGCACACUGAGUCUCAACACAGGCUUAUGGCGUUUGGGUAAAAAGAAUGGUGACAUGUCUAACUACAUCACCGAUUUUGCUGCAAACUUGAGGAACAGUGUGAUGGGAGUAAACACAGGGAACCAGGCUCUGAACCAAGCUCUCCUCAGCAACAACACUCUGGCUACUAUACAAGCCCUAGCAGCCAGUGGUGGCCAGCUGCCCCUUUCCAGUCUUGAGGGGGGCAGUAAGGUGUUGCUGGGUGGUGCAGGGGGGCAGGGAGGGGGUCUCCAGUCCUCCUUUUUCCUCAACCACCCCGCUUUCCUCCACAUGGGCCAGAAUCCUGGUGCUGGAUUGGUCAGCGCUGCCGUAGCCAAAGCAUCCCAGCCCUCCCCUUUCCCCUUCACCAGUAGCAUAAGCCCCACCCCCUGCUCCCCCUCCCCUUGCUCCAGCCCCGCCUCUUCCUGCGACUACGAUGAAUUGGCGCACAGCCCAUCCUCAUUGGGAGGGGCUAAGAUUGAGUGACACAGCCAAGCGCCAAUCAGAGAGGAGGAGGAGAAAGGAGGAAACGACAACCUCGCCUUUCAACCAAAGCUAUCUCUUUUCUCACUCUCGCCCUACACUCUCUCUCUCCCCCCCAGUCUUUCGAUGCCAAAAAUACACAGAAUGAAAGAGAGGAGAGGGGGGGGAGUCAGAAGUGAAAAGGGGGAGAAGGGGGGAAAGAGGAAGAUUGAAACCAAAAAUCUUUAUCUAUCCAAAGUGAUGGAGGAGGCAUCGUGGGACUGUUUAGUCAAUACUGAGCGAUAUCGCACGUCUCCUUUCUGUCUCUCUUUCUUUCCUGGGAAAAUAAACCAAUGACAAAUAACAGGAGUAGAGAUGUGUGUCGAAUCGCGUGAACCAAAAAUGACAAAAAUAAACAUUACUGUGUGUUUUGGGGGAAUGGUGGCAAGGACAGAAAAAAGAAGUGGAUGAUUUUCUUUGAAAAGCUGCAGGUCUGAAAGAGGAGGAGAUGGGAGGAGGAUUUUAAACCAAAAAUGUGAAGAGGAACACACAAUGACAAAAAACAACAACCAUACCAAAAUCCCAGAAACCAAAAAUACGGAAGGAAAAGCUUUAUCCAAACGACUUGUACAUACUGAUCCUAUCCAGGACCAGGACUCUGACACACACACACACACACACACACACACACACACACACACACACACACACACACACACACACACACACACACACACACACACACACACACACACACACACACACACACACACACACACACACACACACACACACACACACACACACACACACACACACACACGAUAUCCACAGCCGAUCACAUUCAUCCAUCCUUCUGAUUAGUCAUCCACCCAUCAUGUCUGUCAUAGUCUGUCACUCACAUUCACUGCAAUUAUGUUGUUUCUGUUCGAAUAUUUUAGAUUGAUAUAAAUGGUUGAUACUGAACGAGCCAAGCUUACAGGUGUGUAGUUUGUGUUUUCCUACCACUGCUUCUUUAAGUAUCGUAUCCUAUCUCCCCCUUGCUUUCCAAUAUUUGGAGUCUGUCAUCGUCAUCAAUAUCAUAAUCUUGUGCCAUUUACUUCAUGUUGUCAGAGAUAAUAAGAGACAAGAGGGAACAAGAGAUCCGGCUUAGUGUAGCAGUUUCCAGCCUUGAUAAAAAACCUCUCUCUCUCUCGCUGUAAUUACUUAACAAAAUGACUCACUUGAUGAAAUAAUAUUAGACUUAGACUCAAUGUAGUCCUUGUGAAUGGCCAAUCCACCAUGAUGACAGUAUGAAAUUGAGCAUGAUUGGAGAUUUAAACUAGUAACCUUUUGAGGCAAGAAUAAGUAAAUUAAUAAAAAAUGUUAGUUUAGUCAUGGACAGGUCUGUCUGACCUUGUCAAUGAGCCAUCUGUCUCGACACGCAGUAGAGAAACAGAGAUCAAAACCUGUUUAAUGUUUAAUAUAGGUUGUUUUUAUUGUUCAUCCCUCCAUCCAUCCCAUUUUCACUGUCAUUUUCCACCCAAAUUAUGGAAAAUUAUUACACGUUUAAACCAAAGCAUUUGUUACUUUUCAGAGGAGUCAGCCAUGACAUUAACACUCACAUGGGGACACACCCUAGCCCUCCCGCUGAACCCCCCUAGUUGACCCCUUCCAUCUCCUUAUGCCCGAGAGGGUCACUUCAAAAGGACAGAACCCUCACCCAACAUAAAAGGGGUGCAUACGGGGAGGGGAUCGGAUGGUGCGAUGGGAUCAAACAUACAGAAAGAGGGGAUGUCAAGUUUUUGUAAGAGGAUACCAAAAAUACAAACCAAAAACGUCAGAAACAAACCAAAAAGAAACACAACCAAAUAUGGAUGGGGGGAUGAGGGGAGGAGGACAAGGUUUUUACAGACUGGAGAUGACACCUCUGUCUGUUAUCCAACUAACUGCCCUCUCUAAACUGUGAUGGACAGAUGUAUGGAUAGAUUGAUGGAUAGAUAGGACAGAUUUCCUCCCUCCCCCCUGCCUUUCUUUCACUCCAAACUCAGCUCUUCUUCUCUGGUCCUGGAUGGAGAAAUCUCUAAUGACCUCAUUGAACUGAAUCUUCUAAGUCAGUUUUUUACAUGUUUCUGUUUGUUGGUUUAUUUACUAUUUGAUUUAUUUGCUGUGUCUCUUGAUGCUGUUUAUGUGUUGUUCUUUACUCAUUUGGGAAAAUAACGUAUUCACUUGCUACAACAGCUCCUUACUUUUUUCCUAGUUGUUCUAGAGAUUUUAUCAGGUGGUUGGAAAAAUACUGUGAAAAUUUUGCUUCCAGAUUUUUAUUAGAUAAAAAAAAAUUACUGUCUUGGCAGAAAAAAGACACAGAAAAAGUCCAAAACAAGUUGAAAAGCAAAACGUGCAAACCAAACACCAAAUACCAAACCAAACCAAACACCAAAUACCAAACCAAACCAAACACCAAAUACCAAACCAAACCAAACACCAAAUACCAAACCAAACCAAACACCAAACCAAACACCAAAUACCAAACCAAACCAAAAAGGCAGGAAGAAACUAGAGAUGGUCCAACUGCCGUCCCUGCCGUUGCAUUAGGGCUCACACUUAUGAUUGUGUCAAUUUAUCUGAAGUGUGUGCGUAUGUACGUUGUGUGAGGGUGUGAUAUUGUGUGUGUGUGUGUGUGUGUGUGUGUGUGUGUGUGUGUGUGUGUGUGUGUGUGUGUGUGUGUGUGUGUGUGUGUGUGUGUGUGUGUGUGUGUGUGUACACGCGUUAUAGAAAGAAUUCAGUGGAGUUUACAAAGAUGUCCUCUCUUGCACGUUUACCCCCGUUAUCACAAACACACAAACACACUCGUACUUUACACACACACAUACACAUACACACACACUUUUACACACACUUUUACACACACUUUUACACACACACACACACACACACACACACACACACACACACACACACACACACACACACACACACACACACACACACACACACACUAACUGUACACACACACACACACACACACACACACACACACACACACACACACACACACACACACACACACACACACACACUUACUGUACACACACACACUCACACACACACACACACACACACACACACACACACACACACACAUACACACUCACACACACACACACACACAUACACACUCACACACACACACACACAUAUACACUUCAGCAAAAAUGUACAGUAGAGUUUAAAAUGCAUCCAAAGAGUAUUUGGUUUGACACAGAAAUACAGUUGUCAAAUGAGAAUCCUUAAUGAACUAAUCUAUUUUAGAUGUGGGGGUUCUAACCACGAGGUGAAACCUUUCCUCAACAUUAACUCUUAGACGGAAUGUAUCUGUUAGUGCUUCUAUAGAUUUUGUAGAAAAAAAGAUCUAUGUCCUAAUGCUUACUUAUUGCUAAUGUAUUGAAAAACAUACAAAAAAUAUCUUAAAAAACAUUGAUGAUAAUGACUUGAUUUUAGACCAAAAAUGUUACUCUCUCUUGAUAUAUAUUUGGUUUAUUUUUCUUUGUCGAAUCAUUUAGGACUUUUGAUUGAUUGUACUAUUUAUUCAUUUUAAGUUUGAUUGAUUUAAGCUUAUAUUGAUUUCUUCUAACUAUUUAUUUGUUAUUUAUUUAUUCUAGAGUCUUUUUACAGGGGAUAUAUUUUGGGGUAUAUACAGUGGGGCAAAAAAGUAUUUAGUCAGCCACCAAUUGUGCAAGUUCUCCCACUUAAAAAGAUGAGAGAGGCCUGUAAUUUUCAUCAUAGGUACACUUCAACUAUGACAGACAAAAUGAAUUUAGAAUAUAUAUUACGGGGCUGUGACCAAAAAUCCUGCUGAAGUACCUUCUCACCUCUUCAAACCAGAUACAUGCAACCACAGGUCUCACGGGGCCUAGGAGAACAUGGUCAUGUUUGGCCACAGACUCACUGCGACUACUCUUAAAGCUCUUAACGGGGUGGGGGUGAGCUCACUGAGACUCUUUUCAAACGGAUGGGGUGAGCUUACAGGGGCCAGCACUGUGUCUACUUCAGUACGACCACCUAACAGCGUUUUCUCAGGCAUUGCAGGGCAGGGAAACGUCAUGGGAAUAGGAACGUCAGCUUCAUAUUGAUGUAAAUUUGAGCAAUUCAAUGUUUUCAGGUGUUGAAUGCUGUCUUUCCUAAAUAUGGGGUUAAUUGUCCUAAUGGUAAUGAUAUUACUAGUGAUGUCCUUAUUGUAUUAUUGAUGAGUAAUGACUGGUGAGAUGAGAGGGACAGAGCAUCUGGGUGUUUCUGGCUUUAUGUGCUGUCUUGUGAUGUUGUGUUUAGUUGAAGUGGGGAUAGGGAGCCUCAGUAGGGUUCUACAGCCUUACUACAGUCCACGAUUGUUACUGGAGACCCACACCCAGGUGGGAUCAAACCAGUCAUGAGUGAAACUUUUAAAACAUUGUAAUAAUAAAUCUCAAAGCUUUAGAACUGGAGUUUGUUCCCAUUACGAUGUAUACCAUAUACUUUGGACGGAUCAGGUUAGAGUGAUUUAUAUCCCGGAUGUACAUGUAGUCAAUGCUGCCUAUAAGCUAGUAUAUUGUAUGUUUGAAUAUAGCCCAACGGUUCUGGAAGAGAGCUCUGCUGACAGGGAUGGUCAGGCAGGCAGAUUGUUCUUAAAGAUACAGUGCUGUUCCCUCACAACCUCUCCUCUCCUCAGGAGAAAAACACUGAAAGCUUUAAACAGCUACCAAACCAAAAAACUAGUUAGAAGAUGCAUUGACUGGGGCAAAGGAACAUGACAGAGGGACUGUUUCUUUCUGUUUUUACUUUUCUUAAUGUUGUUAGAUUUUGUUUUCCACAUCUACUGUAGGAUGUUAAAGAGAGAUAUACCUCAUAUACUCUGAUGAUAAACCAAAUAGAUGAAAGCUUUUUUUUUAAAGCGGGGUUCGUGUGGGGAUCGGGGUGUGGGGUGGGACUGUGUGUACGUGUGUGUGUGAGUGUGACUAUGGAUGGCCAGAGCGAGGCUUGGGUCCGGCAUAGUUCAAAGGUAAAUAAUGGGGUCAGAGGUCACAUUUCCUGUGCCCCGUCCUAAUCAGGAGACAUUUUGGGUAUCAAGUUGUAUGCCAGCCCUCUCGCUGUGGUUCCCAGUCCACUCCCCCACACACCUCCCUCUCCGUCUGGUCUGAAGAACAACCCCCCGCUCUGUACAGCCCUCUCUCCAUCCCCCUCUCCCCUUCUGCUCCCUCCCUGCUGAAACAAAACACUCUCCAAGUAUAGGUUUUCCAUAGGCACAGAUCUAGGAUCAGCUUACCUUCCUCCAAAUCCUAAUCUUAACCAUUGAGGGCACAUAACACUGGCCUUAGAUCAGUGUCUAUGGAGCAACUUUGUCCUACUCCUUAAAGCUUUAUUACAGGGGCUAGCCUCUGGGUACCCAGCGUCUUUAGGUUAUUGACUGGAUGUUGUGUCCGUCAGAGAUGUGUGUGGCAGUGAGCGCAGAGAGGUAGGUGACUGGGGAAGGGCUGAGACUGUGGUUGCUAGGUGACGCAUGCAGACACUACCCCAAGGUGGAAGUCCCUAUUUCUCCCUUGCUCUUUCCUUCUAUAAUGAGGUGUAGAUCAGUGUAGGUCCUCUACAUCCUGGUAGGAUGCUUCUGUGGAUCUCAGGGUCUUAGGGAUCACAUGUAAAGUGUAGGUCCUUUCAAUAGGGUUACCCCCCCAAGAGAAUGAUACCAAAGUUUAUGCCCCACUGUUGGAUACGGCACCAUGCACUCACUCCCUAAAACCCUGCUGUUUACCAGUGUCUGCACUGUUGGAGCUAGGAACAUAAGCAUUUCGCUACACCCGCGAUAACAUCUGCAAAAUAUGUUUAUGCAACCAAUAAAAUGUGAUUUGUCCAUUUAGAGACUACACCUCUCCUAUAGACUGAGUAGUCACCUGGCCAUAGGCACAGGCACAGAUCUAGGAUCUGUUAACCUUUCCCUAAUCAUAACUAUUAGUGGAGGCAGAACACAAAACUGACCUUAGAUCAGCACCUAGAGGCAACAAAUCCUACUCCCUCUACUAUAGCCUGGGUCAACAUUAUCACAGCAGAGUUUAGUCUGGAAGAACAUCUCUCCAGACUUUUUUGGCAUUAAACAUUUCGUACAUUUGUACAUUCUGAACAUCACAACAUUGAUUCAGUUCAUGGAUUAAUUCCUUGUAGUCUCAGCGAAGCACCUCAGGAACUGUGUCAAACGUGAAACAAAGGAAACUGUGAAAUGUAGGAAUCGAUAUUGCAACUUGGACUCAGGCAUAGACGUAACAUAGUAAAAAUACAUCUGGGACAAUGAAAUUAGUAUGAUAUGUUACAUUUGGUAUGAGACCAAGCUGGAAUUUAUUUAAAUUGGAGCAGAACAGGCAAUGAUUAACAGUUUACUGAUAGAUGACAGAACAUAGUGUAGAUGUCAAGGCAGGAGAAAGCAAAGGGUGACAUAAAGACAAUAGCAACGAAAACAAGAAAGAGGAUGACUGAUAUUCCUCAAACCUACUCACUUCCACACUCCCUCUCGUUUAUCUUUUCUUCUGUCUUCAUUCUCUCUCUUGUACAAUACAGCUUCAGUCCAAAGUUCCUUAAGCAAGACAGCAAAGUCCGAUCGUACAGAAUAAAACCAAAGAGUUCGACAUUCCUCCUCUCUUUCACAGACAGCCACUGCAUCCCUCUUUCUUUGUCUCCUUUUUGUCUAUUCAUCUCUUUUCUGCUUCAAUCCCGUCACCUAGUAAUCCAGUUUCUGACCUCAGCUAUCCUAAGGGAAAUAUCAAAGAUUAUAAUAAUAAUGAUGAUUAAGAUAAUGAUGAUAAAAAUGUAUAUUUUUAAUUAUUUGUCAUUUGAAAAUUACAUUAAGCUUCUCGUAAAUAUGAUGAUGAUGACGAUGAAGACGAUGAUGUUAAUGAAGACGAUAAUGACGUUUCUCUUGGUAUCUCUGUAGUUGUUCUGAUCCUUUUUGAGUUUUGUCCUUUUCGCUCGUGCUGCCAGAGUAAUUAUGAUGAUCCCAUGAUCCUCUUUGAUUUUGUUGUCCCUGUCCUUUUAGUUUUGUCAGUCUCUUACCACUGUCUGUCUAUCUGUCUGUAUUCCAUGUCGCUCUCUGUGUUUGUUGGGCAGAGGGAAAAGCUACAUGUUACAACCGAAAAUAUGAUGUGUAUGUGAGAGAAUUCUGUACGAGUCGUUAAGUAGAGUUUUUCCAGGGAAUUACAGACCUCUUUGGAAGUGAUUGUAUCUGAUGGUGGUUUGGGGGGAGGGGUUAAUAAACGGAGUGAGGAGGGAAAACGGUCAUAACUGCUAUAACUGUUCUGUGGAAAUAAGACCCCAAGGUGUGUGUGUGUGUGUGUGUGUGUGUGUGUGUGUGUGUGUGUGUGUGUGUGUGUGUGUGUGUGUGUGUGUGUGUGUGUGUGUGUGUGUGUGUGUGUGUGUGUGUGGGUGUGUGUGUGUGUGUGUGUGUGUGUGUGUGUGUGUGUGUGUGUGUGUGUGUGUGUGUGUGUGUGUGUGUGUGCACACCUCAAAAUGUCUAAUCUAAUCUGUUAGAUAAGCAACAGGUUUGUAAACAUUGGCUUGAUUGGGGAUUUACUGUUAGUAAACAUGUAGUUAAUUUCCCUCUGUCCGACCAUCAACCUUUGUUGUCUGUUUCCCUAUCUGUUCUAGUGUGUGUGUGUGUGUGUGUGUGUGUGUGUGUGUGUGUGUGUGUGUGUGUUCAUCCUGCCUCCCAUAAUUUGUUCUACCAUCCUGUAUCAUACAUCAUGUGAGCAGUCCUUCUCUUUUCUCUCCCUUCUCUCUGACUCUCCCUCCCUUCUUCCUUGUGGUAGCAACUUAGCCUUUUACUGUGUUUAUCUUUAAAACAAAAACAAAAAACAAGAAAAAUAUCUCUGCUUGUUCUUAGUACAGUGUUGUUCAUUUAAAGUCAUUUUUGUAACUGAAAGUGUUUCAUUCAUUCAAAUAAAAACAGGAGACAAAAACUGUA